CCUCCUCUACGACUACUACAACUUCACACAGUAGUUGAGCGCUGAGUUUGUAAGAGGCAAUGUCAAGCGGAGAAAUACUGGUUAGUGAAGCAGACGGGAACGGCGGAAUAAUGGCUCAACAGAAGAACCUGGAGGGCUAUGUGGGCUUCGCAAAUCUUCCCAACCAAGUUUACAGAAAAUCUGUGAAGAGAGGUUUCGAGUUCACACUUAUGGUUGUGGGGGAAUCUGGGCUGGGGAAGUCGACGCUGAUCAACUCACUCUUUCUGACAGAUCUGUACUCCUCUGAAUACCCAGGUCCUUCGCAUAGGAUUAAAAAAACUGUGCAGGUGGAACAGUCGAAGGUCCUGAUAAAGGAAGGAGGAGUGCAUCUUCUGCUCACCAUCGUUGACACCCCCGGCUUCGGUGAUGCGGUGGACAACAGUAAUUGUUGGCAGCCGGUCAUCGAUCACAUCGACAGUAAGUUUGAGGAUUACCUCAACGCGGAGUCCCGGGUCAACAGACGGCAGAUGCCGGACAGCAGAGUGCAGUGCUGCCUGUAUUUCAUCGCUCCAUCUGGACAUGGAUUGAAGCCCCUCGAUAUUGAAUUUAUGAAACGGUUACACGAAAAAGUAAACAUAAUCCCGCUCAUCGCCAAAGCCGACACACUGACUCCUGAGGAGUGUCAACAGUUCAAGAAACAGAUCAUGAAAGAAAUCCAGGAGCACAAAAUCAAAAUCUACGAGUUCCCAGAGACAGAUGAUGAGGAGGAGAUGAAGAUGGUCAGGAAAAUCAAGGAUCGUUUACCCUUGGCUGUAGUCGGUAGUAACACCAUUAUCGAGGUCAAUGGAAAGCGAGUGCGCGGGAGGCAGUACCCCUGGGGUGUGGCAGAAGUGGAAAACGGAGAGCACUGUGACUUCACAAUCCUCCGGAACAUGCUGAUCCGGACUCACAUGCAGGACCUGAAGGAUGUGACAAAUAACGUUCAUUACGAAAACUACCGCAGCAGGAAACUUGCUGCAGUCACCUACAACGGCGUGGACAACAAUAAGACCAAGGGACAGCUAACCAAGAGUCCUCUAGCCCAGAUGGAGGAGGAGAGACGGGACCACGUGUCCAAGAUGAAGAAGAUGGAACAAGAAAUGGAGCAAGUGUUCGAGAUGAAGGUCAAAGAGAAGCUCCAGAAGCUCAGAGACUCUGAGGCCGAGCUCCAGAGGCGUCACGAGCAGAUGAAAAAGAACCUGGAGGCCCAGCACAGAGAACUGGAAGAGAAACGUCGCCAGCACGAGGAGGAGAAGGCCAGCUGGGAGGCUCAGCAGAGGAUCCUGGAACAGCAGAAACUAGAAGCCUCCAGGACCUUGGAAAAGAACAAAAAGAAGAAGAUAUUUUAAUCACUCUGGAGGACCUUCCCGACGUUACAGUGUAUUAUUUUUUGCCAACCUGCCAGCCUUGAUCAUCAGAACAUCAUCCGCUGUUUGACCAUAUUACUGUGUAAUUAUUAAGUGAAAGCCAGGGGGCAGUAUUGUCUGGACUCUGAAUUUAACCAAUCAUUCUCCGCUCAUCCUCGUGUUCCUCCUUAAAGAAUUAUAAUCUCUAUAUUGAUUCAGUGUGAAGUCCUGUUUUGGGUUGCUGCUCACAAAAAUAAGAAUAUUCACACUGAAAACACAACUGGUAUCUUCCAUCAUGACAAACAGGAGGGCAGAGUUCAGAGUUCAGUCUUUUCUUUCCUCUCCUCUUCUUCUACUUUGGGAAUGUUGGAUGCUGCACUGCUCUGUGUUGCAUCCGUUUAAUGCCAAAAAACCAAACAAAGAGAUCAGCCUUUCACGUCUGCAGAUUGGCAGACAGCGUCUGGCUGAAGCUCACCUCAGGCACUGUUUUUUAUAUAUAUAAAUAUACACGUAUCUUUCGGUUCACUUAUUUAGAUCUCACAUUUAAUUUCCUCCCAAGUGGUAUGCUCUUCCAUCUCCUGAAAUGUAAAUUGUUAAUUGUAUAACCAUCAACUGCAGUGUUUAACUUCAAACAUGUGUAACAUUUUCUUACUUUUUGCUCAUUUCAUUUUGUUUUUUCAUUUUGUAUCGGCCCUGGUAUAGAAGUCGUGUUCAUUUUGUUUCCAGUAUCACAGCCAGUACUUUCCAGCCUCGCUCCUGGAAACCAAUCAUAUACUCCUGACUUCACUCACUCGUGCUGAGUGUAACAAAGUCAAGAAACUGCUCUUGAAGUGCUCUUACGUAAACUUAUUUGAACUUCUUUUGCAGAUUCUAUUUAAAAACAGUUUCCGACAGAAUCAGAUCUUUCCAGGAGUGGGAUGUGGAAAGGCUGUGCUGGAUGUUGGUGGAUGGGAACGCUGGAGCUGAGAUGCUUCAGCCCGACAGUGGUCAACUCAGUAAACUGUACCAAGCUGGCUUUCUUUACAUCACAUUUAGCACUGUUUGUGUACUGCAUCUGUAUUUUGUAAUGUCUUGUUUUUAUUGUAAAAAGACACAUAAUAAAAUUGUGAUGGGAAAAAAUA